CGUACAAUAUUUGCCAUUCCUCAAGUGAUUACAUCUCGCCGCCCUAACAAAUGUUCUGCCUUUUGAUCUGGCGUAGUGUGCUAAUUAUGCGUAUUGCCAAUUGCUUCCGUUCUGUUAGCUAGUUAGGCGGCUAUAUCUGUACGCAUCGGAGUGAUUUCCGAGUGAUGGAGGACAUCUUCUCUGCUUCGCGUGAAGGCAAUCUUCGAUUUGUGAAGACAUGGCUCGAAAACACUUCGAACGAUUUGAAUCAAGGAGAUGAUCAUGGUUUUACUCCCUUGUUAUGGUCAGCAAGAGAAGGCCAAACCGCAGUAUUUGAUCUACUUUUAUCAAGAGGCGCACGGAUCACUGCUUUAAACGAUGGCGGUGAUAAUGGCCUACAUUUGGCCGCCAGCAAAGGCAACAAGGAAAUUAUACAAAAGCUCUUGAAAAAUAAAUGUCCUGUUAAUGGGGUCAAUAAUCAUGGAAAUACGCCGCUCCAUUAUGCCUGCUUCUGGAAUUCUGAAGAAUGUGCAGAGGAGCUAGUCAAGAGAGGUGCUUUGGUAUCACAGUGCAAUAAAUACGGGGAGACCCCACUUGAUAAAUGUAAACCUUUCCUGGCAGAAAUUUUAAGAGACUUGGCAGCACAACUUGGACAAGAUCUCAAAAGAAUUCCUUACAAAGAUAGCCGUUCAAAGCAUGGAAAAAAAGAUGAUUUACGGGACAUUAAGUCCAGACUUUCCUGGAUUCAACCCAAGGAAAUUGAUUUGGCAACAAAAUUAAGCAAAACAGUGACUGGCGAGGUAUGGAAAGGGAAGUGGAAUGAUCUCAAUAUUAUUGGCAAAAAACUUGCCAUUAGAAUGGUCAACAAAAGAAUAUCAAGAGAUUUCAGUGAGGAAUACUCAAAAUUAAGAAUAUUUUCCCAUCCAAAUGUCCUACCAGUAAUUGGUGCAGUGAAUGACUCCAAGGACCUGAUAGUUCUUUCACAGUAUCUUCCAUUUGGUUCACUUUACAAUGUUUUACAUGAAGGAACAGGAAUUAUUGUGGACCAUGAGCAAGCAAUGAAGUUUGCAUUGGACAUUGCCAAAGGAAUGGAAUACCUACAUUCUUUGGACCAGCUUAUUCCAAGGCUGUACCUUAAAAGCACACAUGUCAUGAUUGAUGAUGAUCUCACAGCAAGAAUAAGUAUGGCUGAUUACAGAUUUUCCUUCAUGAAUCUUAGCAAGAUUGAAAGUCCAAACUGGAUGGCCCCAGAAGUAUUACAGAAGAGCCCUGAAGAAGUUGAUCAACGCUCAGCAGACAUGUGGAGUUAUGCCAUGAUCCUUUGGGAGCUAGUUACAAGAGAAGUGCCUUUUGGUCACUUGUCACCCAUGGAAGUUGGCAUGAAGGUUGCACUUGAAGGUUUAAGACCAUCUGUUCCACCUGGUGUAUCUACACAGAUGGCAAAGCUUGUGUCAAUCUGUUGGAAUAAUGAUCCAACCAAGAGACCCCGGUUUGACCAGAUUCUUCCAAUUCUAAACAAGAUGGCCCAAUGAGAUUUAUGCAGCAUAAUCCUAGAAUAGUAGAUUAUAAAAUAGUUAUCACAUAGAAUGAUGUCCCCAUGCAAUUGUGGGUGUAUUUUUUGUUGUUGUUAUUUUGUGACAUAUGGAAGAAAGCUUUGCAAGCAUCAAAGAGGAUCGCAGCAACACAGUAGUCAAUAUUGUGAUAUAAUUAUUUGUUUGUAUGUAGGGUUGUCUGUACAGGUGAACCUCUGAAGUUAAGAUCUGAGUGUAACAAGAGGUGAAUGAUAGCUGUUGUCAAUUUAUCAAUUAUCUUUUCAAUUUUCUAACAAAAGUAUCCAAAUUGUGUGGAAACCUGCCAUACUGCGCCUCUUACAAGUCAAUAACAUGUAACUUCUCCAAAAGUAGACUGGCUAUGAGAAGUUGGAGAACGACCCCUCCCCCCCCUUCCACCCCUGCCCCUUUUAAGGGUGGAUUGUUUGUCACAACAGUUAGAUUUCCGUGACAGGAAAAACUGGUUUGUGUGACAGGAAUUCGAAAUAAGCGUGACCCAACUCCUUUAAACUUAGCAAAAAUUUUAUACAAUAUUUCUAUUGACCUUUAUACUAGACAUAUUUUGUAAAAAUUUACUUUUAUAUCCGUUAUGAAUGACGUAAUCUUGACUGUUAUUGUGUACAAAGAUAACUUAAGCAAGUAAACGUAAAUUCAAAUAAUCUCUUUAACGUCCAUACUUUCAAUUCUAAGGUUUCUCUUCGACAAUUUGUCUCUGAAAUCUGUGGUUAACUGAAGUAGUUUCAAGGAAAUGUCAAUUUUUCCCUUGGGCAGUAUAAUAUCUUUUCCCCCCAGAACUAGAAAAUCCUAGCAUUCAAUUCAACCUUGUGUUCAUAACAGGCACACCAGUUAAAUCUAUUUGAAGGAUUGUGAUAGAUCCCACAGGACUACCAACUUACAUGCAAACUCUGAGCAGAUUCGUGAGUAAAGGAAUAGAGACUAAGGCGAGCAGUAGAAUUCAGAAGGUAUAGAAUAUUUAAAUCUGAAUUCUAAACAGCUGAAAAGAAAGUGUGUCUCAAUGGGAAGUGUAGUGCAUUCAGAGUACUCAACUGUUUGGCGACACAGUUAAUCAGUGUGUAAGUUCUCCGUGUGAUAAAAAUAAUCCUAAAAAAGAUAGGCCCAGAAUAAAGAAAACCUUUGAAUUUUGAA